CUCUGCCAGCGUUGUUUGCAAGUUCCUGCCAGACGGGCCACACACAGGGUGCAUGGCAGGCGGCCCUCAGCUCGCCUCUGCGGGGACCGUGGUCACAGAAGCCUCUCUCCUCAGCAUGAAGCACCUCAGCUCUGCGCCCUGGGCCGCCCUGGUCCUCAGCCUGGCCUUUGCCUCUUUCCACCCGGCUUGCUUGGCAGAAGCAAGCAGCAACAGCAGCUCAACCUUGACUGUCCACCAUCCAGGCCUUGAGACCCUGGAGCAGUGCCCCAAUGUCGACUUCUGCCCACAGGCAGCCCGGUGUUGCCACACCGGAGUGGAUGAAUACGGCUGGAUUGCGGCUGCCGUUGGUUGGAGUCUCUUGUUUCUCACCCUCAUCCUGCUCUGUGUGGACAAACUGAUGAAACUAACUCCAGAUGAGCCCAAGGACUUGCAAGCAUGACACUUAGAAUCUUUGUCCCAAGAAUGUCAAUCACCACCAAGUUGUAGGUAAUAGCAGGCAGGGAUAGUGCUAAUGUGAUUUCCAUUACUUUAAAGUCUUUUAAUCCUUU